AUGUCUAGCUGGCGCGCCUUUAAAGUGAUACUAACAUCAUUUCCGCAUGAAUUCAAUGACAAACUAUUGGAUAUUAAAUUUCAAAUACAAAAUUCUUCCAACACUGAAUCAAGCGUCAAUGUACAACUCAAUGUAUUGGAAGAUAUUGAUGACAUUUCAUUAACGUAUGCCCUGGGCAUAGAAGGAAAUCAAGCCAAUAAUUAUACGGUGCUCUUAAAUCGUAAAGUGCACUUUUGUAAAUUUCUCAUGCAACGCACCCUUGACAAUACGUUGCGAACAAUAUACGAAGACAUCUUAAAGCGUGGCACUUUCAUUAAGAUGUGUCCUUUGAAAAAAGGUUCCUAUACACUACGCGAAUAUCGCAUCGAUGAGGAAUUGUUGCCACAAUACGUACCAGAGGCAAAUUUCUAUGUCGAUAUGAAACUGGAAAAGGCAAAUGGUGAUAUGAUACUCAAGGGACGUUUGCAUGGUAAAAUUGAUAAGUCAAAGGGUUUUAAUAAUUUGAAAAUGUUUAGUAUGGGUUAG